UAUCUUGGUCAGAUGACAGGCGCCAUUUUCAAAUUUGUUUAAUCGAUCAUUCUGGUAUUACGAGAAGAUUUUACUUUAAACAUAUGAAUUAAUUAAUAGAUUAAACCAUGAAUAAAACACCGAAAUUAUCUGAAUUAAAACAAAGCGAAGAGAGAAUGAGAACGCAAGCAAAAAAAAUACUACGACAGAAGUCCUCGGAUAUCUUGAAAAAACAAACGCAUUUGUUCAUGCAUGACAAAUGCCUUACGAAGAUACCCGUACCCAAGAAUCCAAAUCACGUAGUUUACGCAUACUACCAUAACAACCAAAUAUCGAAAAUCGAAAACUUCGAAAAUUUAUACAAUAUAACCCAUUUACACUUGCAAUGGAAUAAAAUAACCAAACUGGAAGGUUUGGAAGCCAUGCACUGUUUAAAAAAGUUGUAUCUGGGCAAUAACAAGAUCAGCGUAGUAGAGAAUUUAGAGGGAUUGAGGUAUUUAGAAGAAUUGCAUAUAGAAAAACAGAAUUUGGACGGUUCAGAUGCCUUAUGCUUCGACCCGAGAUCCAUCAUUUAUAUUGGUGCCUCGCUAAAAAUACUAAAUGUAUCCGAGAACAAAUUGACUGACAUGGCUUGGGCGAAGCCUCUGAGGCGACUCGAAGUCCUCAUAGCAAAGAAGAAUAUGCUGCAUGAUUACCAAUCUACUGCUGACGAGCUUUGCACGCUGUUGGGGCUAGUGGACAUCAAUUUCCUGGGCAAUCCCAUGACGAGGAAACACCGGUAUAAGGAGACCAUCAUCGCGAGGUGUUCGCAACUGCGGGUUUUGGACACGGUAUCCAUCCACAAUACUUCAAAAACGUUCAUGCGCAACUUCGACAAAAUAGUCCGUUUGCGUCAGCUACAUGAGAAGAAUAAAAUCGAGACAACCCGGAAAGGGGUGGACGAAUUCUUCGAUCUCAACAUGUUGCCUGGACCGAGAGCUCAAAGUGCUCUUUCUAUUUCUGAGAUAUCUAAUGUGAAACCUAAACCAGUGACAGCCUUCGAUUCCACAUACGCGUUUAUGCCACGAGCGUUUUGGCGAACGCGAAAGAGCCCAUCUCCACGCGAGGGCAUUGCACCCCCAAUGGAGAAAAUCAUGCCAGAUAAGAAGGUAACGGUAGCAAUUACUCCAAAUGGUUUAGCCGACGGUAUAACUAAGAAUGACAAAGGAGAAGAGGUCUUUGUAACUCCUUGUGAAGUUCAAAUGACUAUGUUGGAGUUUUUGGAUGGCUUGAAGCAAAAGAAAAAGGAGUACAUCCAGUACAUACAAACACAGAACUCCAACUUGACUACAGACUUCCCGGAGCUGCUACCGGACGUGUUCACAGAGAUACCGUUUGCCAGUGAAGCGUUUGACAAGAUGCCCGAUGCUGUCAACUUCUGGAUGGGUGAUGAGAGAGCUGUUACUUCUAUGCACAAAGACCCUUACGAGAACAUAUACUGCGUGAUAGACGGCUACAAGGAUUUCAUUCUCAUCCCCCCCACCGACCUACCAUUUGUGCCAUACAAAAGGUACCCUCAAGCCGAGUUCACGUACAAAGAUGGCAAGUGGGAUAUAGUGCCAACAGAAUCUAUGGAAGUGGGCAAGCAGACAGAUACGGGGCAGGAAGUUGGGUUAAAUGAGGAUGUUGAUCAUGCUGAAGGAUUGCCUUGGAUUAGUAUAGAUCCCCUAGCCCCCAAUUUAACAAAGUACCCAGAGUACAAGAAAGCUCACGCGUAUAAAGUUCGGGUGAAAAAAGGCGACUGUCUGUACCUGCCUAGUCUAUGGUUUCACCACGUGCGACAAAGUCACGGCUGCAUUGCUGUCAACUAUUGGUAUGAUAUGGAUUUCGACGUUAAAUACUGUUACUUUAAAAUGCUGGAGAAAUUAUGUGGCAAAUAUUGAAGAAACUUGAAAGAAAU